GGGAAGUGUACUCCGACUUUUGUCAGUGAAGUUCCCCUGGUGUAGUUCAACUGCUGACGCUUCACGCCUCCUUGCCCUCCAGGCCGUCCCCUCUCUCCGACAUGAUGAAGUACUUCGUGCUCGUGCUGUGCGUGGCGGCGGCCGCCCGGGCCCAGGACUGGACCAGCAACCUUCCGAAGCCCGUCGUGGACUGCAUGCAGAACCCCGGCAACUGCGGCGGCGGCGCGAGUGGCUCCAUUCCCCAGUUCCCCGGUGGCUCUAUUCCCGAGUUCCCCAGUGGCUCCAUUCCUCAGUUCCCCAGUGGCUCCAUCCCCCAGUUCCCCAGUGGUAUUCCCCAGUUCCCCGGCGCAUCCGGUUCCGGCUCUAGCUCUGGCUCCAGCUCCAGCUCCGGUUCAUCCUCCGGCUCCAACGGCCUCCCCUCCAUCCCGCAGGGCUACCCCCAGUUCCCCCAGAUCCCCAACGCCCCCAACAUGCCGAACAUCCCCAAUGUGCCCGGUAUUCCCCAGAUCCCCGGCACUGGGUCAUCAUCUUCAGGGUCGUCUUCCUCCUCGUCAAGCAGCAACUAAUUUUUCACCUACAAUCCGUCCAAAGGACAUAGGAACGAUGAAAUUUAUUAUCAAAUCGAUGUUACAGUAAUAAAAUUGUCUGAAAAUUCGUCUAAA